AUGCCCAGUACCCUGCUCACCCUUCCUCCAACAAACAUGUUGUGGAAACUAAUCCUUUCCUUGGCGGCCAUCUUCUCCCACAAUGGCUACCACAACAGUGAACAGCACGAAGAAUUUGUGCCAACUCCUACUGGACCCCAGACUUUGGAGGAAGAAGCCGUAGCCAGAGCAGCUUUACACGGCGAACACUAUGGCGGAGACAUGAUCUUCCCUGAUGAAUGGAACGAAACUGAUGCUGGUAUAAGAGAUCCCAGAUUCCGUUGGCCAGGAUAUCCAGGACGUGGUGUUGUUCCUUACGUUAUAGAUCCAUCUUUGGGUCGAUUCCGUAACGUGAUUUUACAGGGAAUGGAACAGUACCACAAGCACACCUGCAUUCGAUUUGUACCCAGGACUAAUGAAAGAGACUACAUCAGAAUGUACUUUGGAAACGGAUGCUGGUCCAUGAUUGGCAGAAACGGAGGCCGACAGGACCUCUCUCUGGGUCAAGGCUGCGCUUACGUCGGAUUGGUUAUUCACGAACUUGGUCACGCUAUUGGUCUGUUCCACGAACAUCAGCGAUCUGACAGAGACAAAUACAUCACUGUUUAUCAAAACAAUGUUAUUCCAAAUCAACUCCACAACUUCGUACUCACUGAUCCUAGCCGGGAGCUGAUUUUCACUCCUUACGAUUACAACUCCAUCAUGCAUUACGGUAACUACGCCUUCUCCAGAGUUCCCAACAGGUUGCCCACUAUGGUGGCCAAGAAUGGACAGAGGCUUUAUGAGCCUUACGAGAAACCCGGUUUCGACCAGGCCGACAUCUACAUGAUCAAGAAACUGUACCAGUGCUAA